GUGGCUAGGGGAGAUCCUCUUUCAAAAAGAUAAUUAGCAUUUCUCACUAGUUAUGUUGUGAGGCUCAAAGAGUAGACUCCAUAUCAAAUAGCUGUGAUAGGCCAUCCUUGUGGUAAUCUAAGGUCAUGCAAUUGAGGUCAUUCUGUCCUACCCUCUGUUCUAUAAGUUUUCUCCACCUCUAACCUGCCUGCUUUUAUUUAUAUGGCAGGAGUGGGGUAGUGUCUGGCUCUAAGAGAUCAGGAGGUCCCUGCCAAAUCUACUUAGAAUCUCUCACCAAAGGCAGGAAAAACAGAUGCAGGGAAGGGGGUGUCAGGGACUAGGCAGGUAGGAUGAGGAGAAGGCUGACAAGAAUAAGAUGAAGACAGAGGUGAGGGUUUGUUGAGAAAGUUAAGCUGUCCAAGCAGAAAGGGACCUCCAAGUUCCAAGUCCAACACCCUAGUUUUAUAAAUGAGGAAACAGAGGCUCAGAGAAGUAUGAUGACUUGCCCAACAUCACACUGCUACUUUGUGGCAAACCUGCAACUAGAGCCCAGGUCAAAAGAAAAGGGGCUGGAGGGUAGUGUAUACUCAAGGCUCUAAAGAGAUAUUCCCCAGAAGAGGAGAAAAGAGACUGAGAUCCCACAGAAAGAAUUGAUGAUGCAGACCACCAUUAAAGACUUGGGGUAUGGAGACAGAGGAGCAGGAUGGGAAGGUGCCUGGAAGGCGAUAGUUAGUAGACUCAGUCAGUAGAGGUUCCUGACCUGACUCUGCUAUUUACCAGCUUGGGUCUUAAUUUUCUAGUGGACCUUUUAGGAUCUUUGUGAAAAUCAGUCUCAUAAACAAAUGCUCAUAAAACACCAGUACACUUUUUGACAACUGCUUAAUAAGUCUUUGUUACAGUUGUUAUAUUACCUUAGAGGAGAAAAGAUCCCUGGCUAUGGGUUGGGGUAUGGCCCAGAUGACCCCAUGAAGACAGAGGGCAGAGGUCCAGUGACUCCAAAGACCAUUCCUCGUCUGCUGUUUGCAGCUGAUAAACCUCUUAUCUGGCCCAGGCAGGGGAGUCCAGGGCCAGGAUAGAAGGAGAGGGCAGGGCUGCUAUCAGCCACCAGGCCUGGGCCAUAUCUCAGAGAAGGGGAGGGACUCUCUGCUUGGCUCUUCCCACAACACACUCCUUGGGGAUUCCCAAGCACUCGUUCUCAUCUUGAGAAGAAAAGACUGAGAUCCUAAAACUGAGAACAGAGGAGAAAAGCAGGAGUAAUCCCUGAUAUUGCCCCAGAAAAUGGGGGGAAAAAACCCAGAAGACAUAACUUCUGUCCCAGUCAGUGAUACAAUUUUGGGGAGAAAACAGUAGGGGAAAGAGAAGGCAUCUUGUAUGAAAAAAAGAUAAAAACCUAAUGUGCUCCCAAAGGAACUGACUACAGCCAUAGCAGGUUGCUGGGGCCAUUUGGGCUUUGGGGGACCCUGGACCAGGCCCUGGCCCAGUAGGAUGCCCCCGUGUCCUCCCCAGCAGAGCAGGAACAGGGUGACACAGCUGCCCACUUCGGAACUGGGUGAGAUGGAACUGACUUGGCAAGAGAUCAUGUCCAUCACUGAGCUGCAGGGUUUAAAUACACCAAGUGAGCCAUCAUUUGAGCCUCCAGCCCCAGCCCCAUACCCUGGGCCCCCACCACCCCCAUCUUACUGUCCCUGCUCAAUCCAUCCAGAUGCUGGCUUUCCCCUUCCUCCACCAACUUAUGAGCUCCCAAUACCCUCAACUCAUGUUCCAGACCCCCCAUAUUCUUAUGGCAACAUGGCCAUCCCAGUCUCCAAGCCACUGACCCUCUCAGGCCUGCUCAGUGAGCCCCUCCCAGACCCCUUAGCCCUCCUGGAUAUUGGGCUGCCAGCGGGGCCACCCAAGCCCCAAGAAGACCCAGAAUCCGACUCAGGAUUAUCCCUCAAUUAUAGUGAUGCUGAAUCUCUUGAGUUGGAGGGGACAGAGGCUGGUCGGCGGCGCAGCGAGUAUGUAGAGAUGUAUCCGGUGGAGUACCCAUAUUCACUUAUGCCCAACUCCUUGACCCAUCCCAACUAUGCCUUGCCUCCUGCUGAGACCCCCUUAGCCUUAGAGCCUUCUUCAGGUCCUGUGCGGGCCAAGCCCACUGCACGGGGGGAGGCAGGGAGUAGGGAUGAACGUCGGGCCCUGGCCAUGAAGAUCCCCUUCCCUACGGACAAGAUUGUCAACUUGCCGGUAGAUGACUUUAACGAGCUGUUGGCACGGUACCCACUGACAGAAAGCCAGCUGGCACUAGUUCGGGACAUUCGACGGCGGGGCAAGAAUAAGGUGGCUGCCCAGAACUGUCGCAAGAGGAAGCUGGAGACCAUAGUGCAACUGGAGCAGGAACUGGAACGGCUAGGAAGUGAGCGGGAGCGGCUCCUCAGGGCCCGAGGGGAGGCCGACCGGACCCUAGAGGUGAUGCGUCAACAGCUGACUGAGCUGUACCGUGACAUUUUCCAGCACCUGAGGGAUGAGGCUGGCAACAACUAUUCCCCUGAAGAGUAUGCAUUGCAACAGGCUGCUGAUGGGGCCAUAUUCCUGGUGCCCCGGGGGACCAAGAUGGAGGCCACAGACUGAGCUGGCCCAACAGGGUGGGCUGGUGAUGGAGAUUUCCUUCAUUACCUUCUGAUAAAGGUACUCCCUGACCCUGAGGCCUAGAAGAGGACAACAAUGGAAAACCUGACUUUUGUUAGGUCCAAGGUGUGUUCACUGAGGCUCACCUUGAGACAAGUGUGUGAGGGGAAGGCUGGGUCUUUUCUAUGAUUCAGCUCCCCAGGUCUCCAACCUCCACCUUUUGUUUGAGCUUUGAUAUAUAAAGCGCUCUACAGAAA